GCCUGGGCUGCUGUUUGUCUGGGUGGAGCCUGUCGUCACACUGUUUACUCACCUCUGCUGAGGCCCAAAGCCCCUCCGUGUGGCCGCUGUGGACUCAGCCCUGAGCUUCUGCAGUCACUGUCACCGUGCGGUCAGCUCCAGUCCCGCUGCCCUGUGCCCUGUUCCCGGAGGAAGCCGGAGUCAGCCAAGGCCACUGACCCACCACUGGAGCCAUGGUCCAUGGGUACAAAGGAGUCAAAUUCCAAAACUGGGCGAGGACCUAUGGCUGUUGCCCGGAGAUGUACUAUCAGCCCACGUCCGUGGAGGAGCUCAGAGAGGUGCUGGCCCUGGCGAGGCAGCAGAACAAGCGAGUGAAGGUGGUGGGCGGUGGCCACUCACCCUCGGACAUCGCCUGCACGGAUGGCUUCAUGAUCCACAUGGGCAAGAUGAACCGGGUCCUCAAGGUGGACAUGGAGAAGAAGCAGGUAACUGUAGAGGCCGGCAUCCUCCUGGCUGACCUGCACCCACAGCUGGACAAGCACGGCCUGGCCUUGUCCAACCUGGGAGCCGUGUCAGACGUGACUGCUGGCGGCGUCAUCGGGUCUGGAACGCACAACACGGGGAUCAAGCACGGCAUCCUGGCCACCCAGGUGGUGGCGCUGACCCUGCUGACGGCCGACGGGACGGUUCUCCAGUGCUCUGAGGCCAGCAAUGCAGACGUUUUCCAGGCUGCACGGGUGCACCUGGGCUGCCUUGGAGUCAUCCUCACCGUCACCCUGCAGUGUGUGCCCCAGUUCCACUUGCAGGAGACCUCCUUCCCCUCAACCUUGAGAGAGGUCCUGGACAACCUGGACAGUCACCUGAAGAAAUCCGAGUACUUCCGCUUCCUCUGGUUCCCGCACAGUGAAAACGUCAGCGUCAUCUACCAGGACCACACCAACAAGCCUCCCUCCUCUGCAGCCAGCUGGUUCUGGGAUUAUGCUAUUGGAUUCUAUUUACUGGAGUUCCUGCUCUGGAUCAGCACCUUCCUGCCGGGCCUCGUGGGCUGGAUCAAUCGCUUUUUCUUCUGGCUCCUGUUCACCGGGAAGAGGGAGAGCUGCAACCUGAGCCACCAGAUCUUCACCUACGAGUGCCGCUUCAAGCAGCACGUCCAGGACUGGGCCAUCCCCAGAGAGAAGACCAAGGAGGCCCUGCUGGAGCUGAAGGCCAUGCUGGAGGCGCACCCCAAGGUGGUGGCCCACUACCCCGUGGAGGUGCGCUUUGCGCGGGGGGACAACAUCCUGCUGAGCCCCUGCUUCCAGAGAGAGAGCUGCUACAUGAACAUCAUCAUGUACAGGCCCUACGGCAAGGACGUGCCGCGGCUGGACUACUGGCUGGCUUAUGAGACCAUCAUGAAGAAGGUGGGGGGCAGACCCCACUGGGCCAAGGCCCACAACUGCACCCGGAAGGACUUCGAGAAAAUGUACCCUGCCUUUCCGAAGUUCUGUGCCAUCCGAGAAAAGCUGGACCCCACUGGGAUGUUCCUGAACGCAUAUCUGGAGAAGGUGUUCUACUGAAGCAGAAACAGAAAACAAGUCGAGCUCACCCCAUCCGCUCCCCCAGGGCCACCUCCGAUGAGGCUGGAGGCUCAGUGUCCCAGUGGCCUCAUAGGGGAACAGACCUCUCCCCCAGCCACCCUCAGCCACAGCGCCCGCAGCUGCUCCGACCCUCAGCAGUGAGCCUGGGCACCCCCCUGACGUCCUUCGUCCCCACAGAAAGGGAGAGGGCCAAGUCUGCCUUUACAUCUUUAGCCACACCUUUUUCGCCCAAGCCUACAAUCACAUUCUGUUUUCCCAAGAGACAGAGAAACCCGCAAAUGUUCCCUUUGGCCAGGCGGUCAGGACUCAGCCAUCCAAAGGUUUCACCUGCCCGCAGAGUGUCUGGAGCUCCAGGGGUCGUAGGGAGGGGCGCCACCUGCAUGUGUUUGGGCACCGAGGUCGUGUGUGCUGUGCUCUGCUUUCUUUCACUCGUGAGGGUCUUUCAGAUGCUCAGAUGACUGCCCCCUGCCCAGGGACUGCCCCCUCCCAGAGGGCAUCUGACGUCCCGAAGCCCGACCGGCAGCGAGUCUCUUCCAGAGGAUAUUUGGGGCGUGGGACUCUCCUUGCUUUGUUUUUAAUAAAGGUGAAGAAUUGAUU